UAGACACGGCCCUCUUUUAAAGUUCCUGGGGGAAGAGUGAAGGGAACCGGACAAACCGGAGGAAAGGGGCCAAGAUUGAGCUCAAAGGAUAAUUAUUCAUACAUUAUUUACCCCUGGAGGACUGCCGUUAAACCGAAGACAAGGUGCUACACGAAAACCAAGGUCUUGACUGCCCGAGAACGUCAGAAAAUAAAGAAAAUGGCGGAGCCAGACAAAUUAAACAUCGACUCUAUAAUUCAGCGUCUCUUGGAAGUCAAGGGCUCUCGACCAGGGAAGAAUGUCCAGCUGACAGAGAGUGAAAUCCGUGGCCUUUGCCUGAAGUCCCGUGAAAUCUUUCUGAGCCAGCCAAUCCUGCUUGAACUAGAGGCACCCCUCAAAAUCUGUGGUGAUGUCCAUGGCCAGUACUAUGAUCUGCUCCGGCUGUUUGAAUAUGGAGGCUUUCCCCCAGAAAGCAACUACCUGUUCCUGGGUGACUAUGUAGACAGAGGGAAGCAGUCACUGGAGACCAUCUGCCUGCUUCUAGCCUACAAGAUCAAAUAUCCAGAGAAUUUUUUCUUGCUGCGUGGAAACCACGAAUGCGCUUCUAUUAAUCGAAUCUACGGUUUUUAUGAUGAGUGUAAGCGACGGUAUAACAUUAAACUGUGGAAGACCUUCACAGACUGCUUUAACUGUUUACCUGUGGCUGCCAUCGUAGAUGAAAAAAUCUUCUGCUGUCAUGGAGGCCUCUCUCCUGAUCUUCAGUCUAUGGAGCAGAUCCGCAGAGUAAUGCGACCCACAGACGUGCCUGAUCAGGGUUUGUUGUGCGACCUACUGUGGGCAGACCCAGACAAAGAUGUGCUGGGCUGGGGUGAAAACGACCGCGGUGUCUCCUUCACAUUCGGGGCAGAUGUGGUGGCCAAAUUUUUGCACAAACACGACAUGGACCUAAUAUGCAGGGCGCAUCAGGUGGUAGAAGACGGUUAUGAGUUUUUUGCAAAGAGGCAACUCGUCACCUUAUUCUCUGCUCCCAACUACUGUGGAGAGUUUGACAAUGCCGGUGCCAUGAUGAGUGUGGAUGAGACACUCAUGUGCUCCUUCCAGAUUCUGAAGCCAGCAGACAAGAAAUUGUAUCCUUAUGGCGGAGGGGCAGGAAUGGGAUCUGGGAGGCCAGUCACCCCCCCACGAAAUUCAGCCAAGGCCGCCAAGGCCAAGAAAUAACAGCCGCUGGACCCCCCUCCCACAACCUGCCACCCCCCCCCCCCUCCCCGUCCGCCCAACGCUCUUUUUUUCCUCUACCUCCCAAACUUGUUUCUCCCUCGUCACCAAACGGCAACAAAGCAGACAAGUGUCCAGGGUUCAAUCAUGUUUCUUCUCGCUCGAAAACUAUUUUUUAACUGUUUGGCUGUUUGCGUGCACUUUUGAGAGUGUGUAAAAAGAAAAAAAAAGUGAGAAUGAUACAGAGGGAAUUGCUGUAUUCUGUAUGUAUGUUUUUAUUUUCUUCCUCCUGUACCCUCUGUUCUGUUCUCCUGUCAUUUUAUAGAGAUGGCUUUGUGCCUAUCUGUGAUGUAAUUUCCAACUUGGGUGCAGGGGAGGAGGGGAAGGGGCAGAGAGAAAGAGGAGCCUUCGCUGUUUAUGUUAAGGCCCUGCACUGUUUAAUGCUAAACACAAGCUUUUGUACAUCCUGUUUCGGAGGUCUGUGUGUAUGUCUGUGUGAUGGGUGGGGAGGGGGCGGGCGGACGGAUGGGGGGGUGGGAUCAAGUUGCACGGUCAAACGGUAACGGCACAUACCACACGCGUACACACACACGCACACACACACACACACACUGGGCACACAGACGGAUAUACAGUAUGUGCAGGUGAAUCCUUGAAUCAAAUGGAUUCACAAUAAAAUAUUUUUUUCUCUCUUCCUUUUUGAAAACCAAUGAUUUAAGAACAGUCAUGGAUGUGAAGGGUUUUUUUGUAGAUACAUGAAAUCAACAUGGUUUGAUUUCUUUUCCUUUUCUUGUUUUUGUUUUUAGUUCACUGAAAGCUGAAGAUGAAUAAAAAUAACCAUUUAUUUGAAUCAUGCCAUCAUCACUUUGUGUUUGCCAUUGCUUUGUCAUGUUUGUCAGCGACCUUUGCCGUGCACCGUGGCUGCGCUUUUUCUUUUAAGUGUGAAAGCUUGAAUUGGCAAUAUAGCAGCGCAAAGAGAUGUCUUAUGAGAGGGACUCACUAAAAUGUAAAAGCUGGAAAGUGUCAUUGUGGCCCAGUUUAUACUUAGAAAGGGGCAUCUCAUGUGUUGCUUCAGUGUGAUUUAGCCAAAGAAGAUGUUAGGUGACUGUAAGCGAGGACAGCCAAAAGCUGCUCUCAGAACCAGAGGUUACCUGUUUGUAUCACAAAAAAUAGAUAUUUGAUUAGGAAUCUCUUCAAUGCAAAAUGUCUAUUUUUUAUAAUGAAGUUGGAUGAUUAUGAAGUACACGUUAACGAAGCUUAGCAGGGAUACUUGCAGGAACAGGAAGUGAAUGGCUCUGUCACUGAGCUUGUGUUGCUCAAUAAUCCUCACACAUAAUACUGUAUCACCAUGUGCCGUCGAUAUGUUGCACAAGUAGAUACCACUAUUUAGCUGGCAUUUAAUCUGUAUUGAACUUUAACACUGCAUACUCGAUAGAGAAAGUGGUUUGAAGGUUUUCCACGUUCUUCUGUGAUCAAAGGUGAAUACUCUUAAAGGGAGAUGCACGGUCAAUCAUUGCUCUGAACUUCCUGGUUCCAAGUGCUCUAGUCAAGAUCACUUGAGCCCGUCAUGAAACAAAGAGUGGGCUUCUUUAAAUCUAAACCCACACUGACUGAGGGUUGCAUGCAGGCUACAACGAGGAACACGAGCACUAAAGACAGCUGUGUUUGGGUGGAAAUGAGUAAUAGACCACAUGUUUGACAGCUGUCCUUGAUGGAGAAUCUGAGCACAAACUCAUUGUUUUACUGUGAGACAAACAGAUAAUACACUCAAGGUAAUCAUGUAUAGCAAAGUCCCAGUGAAUCUACCUUAACGUUCAGGUAAUUACUAGGUGAACAGCUACCACUGUACAGCAAUUAGUCAAUAAUUUUUGUAUGCUUCUUAGAUUGUGCUAUGUAAAAUAUAUCAGCAAGAAUUUAGAAGCGCUUGCAUCGCUUGUGACGGCAGUCAUCUUUCUGAGUUGCUUUGUUUUGGCAGCCUGCUGUUGAAAUAAGCAUAAAGAGCCAUAGAGUGAAAUAAAUCACUUUUAAAAGACUAUUAAAGUAGAUCCUGUGACAACUGUGAACCCUCAAAGAACACAGUCACCCUGACUGGAUUCACAUCCAAAAAGACCAUUGCUCUUUUAUAUGGGCCCUUUUUUUUAAUUUUUUUUAUUUUUUUUUAAAAGACCAAUCUCCACAAAACACAUACAGUAAUGUCACCUAUGGGCCAUUUUGCAUUUCCUCUACCGUGCAUUAUGUUGGCAAACAGGGUGUCCCCAGUGAACGCAGUCCACAGGCUGUUGCAACUGGUGAAAAAAUAUUUCUUUCCACAGUGUUUCAGGUUUUCUCACUGCCCAUUUCUAAUAACCCCAAACACGCUUUCCCCCAAUUACAUAAUCAGUGUGUCUGGCUUGAUUUGUCUGCUGCCUGUCCUCAUUCUUCAGCCCUCUGUCCAAGUAUGAACACAUGCAGCUCUUCACAUUGCUAAGGCAGUAAAUAUUGGUCGAGUUAAGUGCAGUGCAUCAGCACAUACUUAAGCAGAGGGUGGGGAGGCUGGAAUUCAGCUGUCACCCUGCACCACCGUCCUCCCUCCAUUAUCUCAGCAAGAGGUUUUCAACUCAGUACCUCAGAAAAUAAAUGUUUUUUUUCUUUUUUUAAUCAAAUCAGUGUAAGUAAGCUUUAUCCAAAAUCCUGCCUGCUUUCUAAUAAAUUACAUACAGUGCAACUAACUGCAUCAGAUACUGUGUAGGAGAGGGCAGGCGGAAAAAAAGAAAAAAAAAAUCAUUGGACCUCAUUGUGUGCUCAUGAUCAAUUCACAUCCAGUAAGAUCAACUCAGGAAGUGAAAUAUAAAUUUAAAUAAAUGGGAAUAUAUGAGGAAAUCAUUUAUAUUCAUUUACUAAGAAAAAUACAUCAAUAAUCAUUAUUACAGGAUAUUCACACGUCGUAUAACUUGCAGUCUUUGCUCACAUUUUAAGGUGGCCAAACUGAAAUGAGCUGAGCCCAACAUGCUGGUGGGGAACAGUGUUAUAGUGAUCUGUCAUUUUCUUUUGGUUGAUAUGAUGUAGAAAGAGAUCUGAAAAUGUACAGCAAUGUAUUUCAGUCUUUUAGGAUAAUAGAAAAAAGUUAAAGCUUGAGCGCUAUGAUGUUGUGGAGACUGUGUCCAAAGGGUAUAUCGUGUCCUCAACAAUGCAAAACAAUGAAGUGGCUCCUGUAAGAGAUAACAUAAACAUUAUGGAACUUGUAGAUCUCUGUCUUCUGAAUAAAUGGUCCAAUAAAGGCCACUUUAAUUUCCAUCUCCAUAGCUGUACAAACCUCUGCUUACGACAUGUUUUGUUACUCUAUAUUUACUGUUGUUUUUACCUCUAAGAAUCUGGUCUUUUUUGUUUAAUAUUGUUUUUACUGACAAAUUUAACGCUAGAUACUGCAAGCUUAUUAGUGUAGGUUUUUUAAUCAAUCAGGGAUGUUUUGCACCAUGCACUGUCGCUGGGUAGAUAUGAAAUGAUUAGAUUGUUACAAUUCAAAUGAAAAGAAACGACAGAAAUUAACAGUAUUUUUUAUUUUGUUUGUUUUCGAAUUAAUCACAAAUUGUCUCUGUUACAAGGUAGAAAUAAAACAUAGAAUUUGUA